AUGGCUUUGAUUCAGAGCAACAUACAAAGCUUCAUAUUAUUUUCAACUCCGUAUGUAAAUGGCCUGAAUAGUAUCAGUAGUAAGAAUAGUGGCCCAUAUAACAACACGACCAAUAUAACGUUUGUGUGUCCGCUUUCGAACUUACUAAAGAAAUCUCCGGAUACGGAGAUUAAAAAUAAUGAGUUAUUAGUAAAUUUCAAAGACUACUACGUCUACGACGAGGGAAAUAAGUUAAUUGACAGAGCAGUGUUAACGACAUCAAACUCCGAUUUGAACAAGUUCCUGAUCUGUAACCACUUUCCAAAUAAGGACUGUAAAACAGUCUUUAUGUAUUUAGUUGAUUCAAACCAGAAAGUAACAGUUAGUCCAGAGACUAAUCAAUACAACUACGGCCACGAGAGUAAUUUUAAAGAGGCAGAGCCCAUCUCUCUUAACGAGAGUUCACUGGUGUAUGAUAUAGAUAUAAUAAGUAAAAACAUAAUUAAUAAGCACUACGACCCAAAUUCUAACGUGUACGAAGUAGAGCUAGGUGAGGAACUUAAAGAGUCCAAGGAGAAGCCACUCGACAAACAGAAAGACGACGUGCUACUUAAGUUAGACCUUACGAACCCAAAUUUAACCUAUGAGCUGAACGGAGUUAAAAUAAACGACAAUUUGACCUCGUUAAACUCACUGAAACUCAAUAAUAACAACAGCGAUGGAAGUACAACCGGAGAUAAUCACAUCGAUGGCGGGGCACGUCGAAUCGUUCAUAGUAGGCCUGAUGUUCCUCAUGUUCGCUCUGAUGAUGCUGAUAGGAGCGAUUCUGAGCUGCUGGGCGCCGUUGAUAGUGAUAAUAAUAGCGUCAAUGGUGGCAGUAAUAGUGAACAGAAUGACAAUAGAAAACCUAGAAUAUUUAAUGAGCCACAAGUCAAUACUGACGGCGAUACCAAUGCUGUAAACAAACUAUAUAAGAACGGCAAUGACGAUGACAACGAUGAGUGGAUUUUGACGGAAAACGAUGAACAAUACGAAAAGUUCGUUUCAUUGGAUAACUGUCCCCUGAAAGUUGAAGUUAUCAGACAGAGCAAGUCACCUGAUGCCAUAAAUUUCCCUGUAUAUUUUAAUGGAUUUAAACUACACACCAAUCACUACAAGGUGAUUGUUAACAGUUCCACAACCUUUAGCAUAAAGUUUAACAAUAGAACAUAUAAGUUAAAGGUAUCAAAUGAUCCCAUGGAUAAAAUAACUAAUACCAGUGUUGCGGAGAACGUGGGUGACAUGGAUAGUAGCAUCAUCAUUUAUGACUCUAGUGCUAAUGGUUCCACCGACAACGAUUUCGGGAGACCUGAAAUUAACAUCAAUGGUUGGGUAGCGAACUUAGUUACUAUGGUCAUUAGGAUAAUUACACUGGUCAAUAUAGUCUCCAACAUAUCAAAAUUUUACUUCGAGUCACUAAACUAUAUAACGUUCCUCAUUCUCUUUUACGGAUAUUUGUCUGGGAAUUUCAACAACAAUAGCACGAACAACUCCGCUACUGGAAGUUUACUAAGUAAACUUGCAGAAAAAAUAAGUAGUCACCUGUUAAUCUACAUUGAUAAUGCCAGCAACCUGGUUCCAGUAAGGAUGUUUUUGCUACUGAACCUGGUGUACGUCAUAAACAUGGUUGCCAUUAUGGGCUACUUGGCAGCGAUUGUAUCUUCCAACUUCAAGCCUAAGUUAGGGAAAAGGCUAAAAAAGAUUCAAAUUAACAUAUUGGCUCUAUUCAUAUACCUGUUGUUAUUAAUGGUGUUGGUGUUUCUGAAGUUCGACAGGAACAAUGAGGACCUGUACAUGAUAGGCCACAGAUUUAACAGCUUCUACUUCAGCUCCAUAACCCUAUUCUUAACGGUUCUCAUCAUACUGAUCAUAUAUCAGCUGUACCCUAGGAGGAGAAUGAUCCACAGUCUGAAUAAUACCCUGUUCAACUUCAUAGAUGACUCAAACAGAGGCAGAAUUUACCCCAACUCUCUGCCCAUUAAUAGCAUUUACAAAAGCUCUAAUGAGAGCAGUCCCCUGAACAGCCUCAAGACCAUUAGCGGGAUUAAACGGACCAUUGGCGACAGCGCUGCGAGCAAAAGCACGUCUCCGAAGAGCGCAGACUCGAAUAGCUUCAAGUUCGGGAGCCUCGUGGACUUCCACGGCACUCUGAGCACAAACGACAGUGACGAUCGAGUGUUAGACGGCUAUCAAACUGUGCAAAGCUUCACCAGGCAAUCUGACGAACCCAGCGGGAACUCCAAGAGAGACAAGGUCACAAUAAACGACAAGUACCGCCUGCUAUAUGUAAACUCACUGAUCAUGGAAAGCACAAUCAUCGUAAUAUACUACAUGCUCACUAAGAGGGAAGACGGCAUUUACCUGGUCAAAUUCACAUUCUGGCUACUGGUAUCUCUGUACAUUCAAAGGCUAAGUAGAUAUUACGACGAGAAGAAGAUCAACAAGUACCUGCUCAUCAAGUCGCUCAAGUACAUGGUAUUGGCAGCUCUGAUCAGAAUCCACGUCAUGGUUCAGAAUAUGUUUCUGGAGACUGGGUCAGGUGUAGGCAGAGGCAACUUAGGGGUAUCUAUUGGACAGUUGAUGUCGAUUAUUAUACUGGUACACGUGAAUCAGUGCAUAAAUCACAAAAGUUUAAACAGAUUAUACAAAUCAGUGUUCAAAGCCAAGUGA